AUGUUGGUCACAUGUCCAAAAGUAUACCAGUGUGAUGAAUGGACUUUGUGUGACGAGAGAUUGUGCGAUGAACAAAGAGCUUGCUUUAAAAGCUGGGAAAUUUCUUACUCUUCUGAGAUCCAUAAGAGGAAUUUCUACAUGAAGCGUCUCUGGAUAGAGGCCUUGUUAGAUGAUACAAUAAGAGAAAUUGAAGCACAAUGCAAUGUAGAACUUGACAUUGCUGUACUGCAUGCAGGACUAAUCAAUAAGAAAGCCUUUGAAGAACUCAUCAAAGCAUGUGAGGCUUUGGAUUUGUGCUUGGAAAUGACUGGUAAAGGCAUUCGACCUAAUCUUGCCACUUACACUUCCUUAAUUCAUGGACUUUGUGACUUUAGUAGAUGGAAGGAGGGUUCGGAUUUAUGGUUGGAAAUGACUGGUAAAGGCACUCAACCUAAUCUUUUCCCGUAUAAUUCCCUAUGUCAUGGCUUUCAUGACGCUAGAUGGAAAGAGCUGCAAUUGGGUAACGUGUUCAGAAAGGGAAUCAUGCCAGAUGUGCAAACUUUCAGUGUUGUAGCUGACAAAUUUUGCUCUGGGGGGGGGGGGGGACCCUGA